UCAUCCAAUUUGUGAAGUUUUUUUUUUACUGCUUGGCUGGAUUGCAGAAACUAGGGUUUUUGGAUUUUGUCUCUUGUUUUCCCUCUUUCCUUUGGCGUUUAGAUUUUGGGAGGGAGCGAGGUAAAAAAAUUUGCAAUCACAGAAGGAGAGUAAAAGGAUGCGUGGGUUUCAUUUAUGAAUGAAUGGUAGUAGAUUUUGAAAUUUGAAUUUGAAUUGUAGACGUACGAUGAGAGUAAAAAAAGGAAAGAUGAUGAUUGUAUUGCGGCGUGUAGAGAGAGGAUUUGUUCAAUUCCAAAUAUGAUACUAACUCAUAGUUUCAGUACCAUAGUAGGAUCAGGCUAGGGUUUUAUAAUAAGCUGCUGAAACAAAUGUUCAAAUUGCAGUUGUUGUUAUUGUUGUUGAAUCUGCCGCACCAGACACCGAUUCAUUCGACCAAAACAUAAGCAUGUCGGGAUCUGACAUGGCAAGCAGGGAGCAAUUCACGGUUGGGAUGCACAAACCCCAACCCCAACCCCAACAACAACAACCUCAGCUUCAUCAAAACAACAUGCGUAUGGACUAUGCUGCUGCUGACGGCACCGCUGUUUUCGCCCCUCCUACCGUUACCGUUAACAUUAACGGCGGAGAAUCCUCUCCGGCGGUGCCUCCGGGCCUGGGCCUGGCCCAGCCCCAGCCCCAGCCCCAGCCCAUGAUGGUUAACUCCUCCGAACCAAUUAAGAGAAAGAGGGGAAGGCCCAGGAAAUAUGGGCCUCACGGUGGCAUGGCCUUGGCUUUGAACACCACCACUCCUCCUGGCGGCGCCGCCGUGCCGGUUGGCCAGUCCGGUGGGGCAUUUCCACCGGCUCCUCUUUCGGAUUCGGCCUCAGCUGGUACCGUGAAGCGCAGGGGCAGACCUCGUGGUUCUGUCAACAAGAAUAAGAAGAAUAACAGCUCUAAGUAUUCUGGGCCAGGAUCUUGGUUUACUCCGCAUGUCAUUACCGUGAAAGCUGGAGAGGAUUUGUCAGCAAGAAUUAUGACAAUUUCCCAGAGUAGUUCAAGAAAUAUUUGCAUCUUAACAGCAAAUGGAGCCAUAUCUAAUGUGACACUUCGACAACCUGCCUCAUCUGGAGGAACUGUGACUUAUGAGGGGCGAUUUGAGAUCCUAUCACUUGGAGGUUCUUUUUUUCUUGCUGGAACUGAAAGGGCUGGGGGGCUGAGUGUGUCCUUGUCAGGGCCAGAUGGCCGUGUCUUGGGCGGUGGAGUUGCAGGUCUUUUGGUAGCUGCUUCCCCUGUUCAGAUUGUUUUGGCAAGCUUUGUUUCUGAUGUUCGCAAGCACUUCAAGCAUGCAAAGCAGAUGCAGAAUGCAAAGGUUUCCAUAGCAGCAGGCCAAAGCAGCUCACCAUCAAGAGGCACUCUCAGUGAGUCUUCAGGUGGGGUUGGGAGUGGGAGCCCACUAAACCAAAGCACAGGAGCCUGCAACAACACCAUGAACAACUGUACCACCCCAACACAAAGCUUUCAAGGCAUGCCCUGGAAGUAGAACUUGACUCACCUCACAUGUUUGUGUAGUAGGUUUGGUGUGGUGAAAGACACAUCAGGCUCUACUUGUUAUGCUAUUACUUUGUGUCUUUUAUCCUUUAAGCAUUGAGGAUGCACACCUGUUAUAUUAGCUUUAUGUAAUAUUAGUUGGAGGAACAACAUUUCAGGGAUAAAGUACGUGGUCUCGUAGCUUAGUUUGGUUAGAUAUUGUGUUCACUUGGGUGAUUCAAGAGGUUCUGGCAGAACCGGGUUGUGUUCUAGGAGCAUGCAGGAUCAUUAUGAUGAGAUGGCGGUGACUUUGUCAUCCGUUAGUUGUAAUUUGUUGGUUGUCCAUGUGCCGAAACUUUCUCCUUGUUACCCAGUUGUUUGGUGGUAAUAAUCUGUUUAUCCUUUCAUC